AUGGGUCCUAUAGCAAAGAGCCUUAGAAAUUGCACCAGCCUAACACUACUCGGGCUUUCAAAUAAUGAACUAGUUGAUAAUAUAACGGAGGCAUUUCACAUAUAUCCAAAUCUCGACAGGAUUGGCUUGAAGUACAAUAUGUUUUAUGGUGAGCUGUCUAAGAACUGGGGGGAUUGUCAGAAGUUAACGGGCAUGUAUCCGGCAGGGAACAAUAUCACCGGUAGAAUACCACCUGAACUUGGCAAAUUGAAGAUUUUAAGUGAACUGUAUGCUUAUUCAAAUCAUUUAGUAGGGGAAAUUCCAGAUGAGUUGCUGAAAUUGUCUUCUUUAGUCCGGUUAUAUCUGUAUAAUAACGAACUUUCUGGUGGGUUAUCAUCUGCAGUUGGAAUGUUGUUCAACUUACAAUAUCUCGACUUACCAGAAAAUAAGCUUAUUGGAACUAUACCCAAACAACUUGGGGAAUAUUCAAAGCUAUUAUCCUUGAAUUUAAGCAGUAACAAUUUUAAUGGAAGCAUUCCAAUCCAGAUUGGAAGCUUGGACUCAUUAUCAAUUCUGCUGGAUUAUAGUCAGAACGAGUUGAGUGGAGAGAUACCGUCAGACUUCGGAAAACUAAAAAAACUAGAACAGUUAAAUUUAUCACAUAACAAACUUUUCGGUUCAGUUCCAUCUUCAUUUGAUAAAAUGGCCUUUGAGGAUGCUCCAGGUGAUGCAUUGAAGAACAACCAUGGUUUGUGUGGUAAUUACUCUAGAGGCGUCUUACAACCAUGUAAAUCCUCUGAUGUGUAUAAUGGCAAAUUAGUUUUUGAAGACCUAUUUGAGGCAACUGAGAAUUUUGACUUGAAAUAUUGCAUUGGAAGGGGAGGAUAUGGAAGUGUUUACAGAGCAGAGCUAUCAAAUGGCCAUGUUGUUGCUGUAAAGAAACUUCACUCAUCAGAUGAAGAUUCCGAGUUAGUUGACAUGAAAUCUUUCAAAAGUGAAGUGAAUGCAUUGACAGAAAUUCGUCACAGGAACAUCGUGAAACUUUUUGGUUUCUGUUGUAAUCCAGAACGACGGAUCUUGUUUUUGGAAUAUGAGUUCAUAGAGAGGGGAAGUUUGAAAAGUGUUUUAUGUGAUGGAGAACGAGCAGCGGAGUUCGAUUGGAUAAAGAGGAUAAGCAACAAUGUUUUGUUGGAUUCCGAAUAUGAAGCUCAUGUGUCUGAUUUUGGGACUGCGAGAAUUUUGAAGCCAGAUUCAUCCAAUUGGACAUCACUAGCAGGAACAUAUGGAUAUGUUGCUCCAGAGCUUGCAUAUGCAAUGAAGUGCAAAGGUCCUGAUGAAAAGGUGCACAAAGAAGGUAAUGAUAACUACAAAGGUAUGACACAUCUUGCAGGGGUACCUGAUAAGUACACUUUUGAGGAUGUGAAGAAGGCAGCAAUGGAUGUUCUAGGUUUCUUGCAACAACCUUGUUUUGAUGUGUAUGGCCUCAUAGAUGUCCCGGAAACCGCAUUUAAGCAAAGGAUUAAGAUUGUUAGGAAUUGA